UAAAAAGAAUUAUAGUGGAUCGACUUGGUGGAGCAACCAAAUUCCCAAGCGUGGUGCGAAGUGGCCGAAAGGUCAAUUUUUUGCGGCUAAGUGGAUCAGUGUCUUAUUUCCACCUAAUGUUGAGUAGUGUGUGUGUGUGUGUCCACUGCUGCCCCUAUAUAUAUACACCCUAAUUAUAAGCAUACAAUAAUCACUUCAUUUCUGUGUGUGCCCAUAUACAAACAAAAGAUGGCUAGUUUUGCCUCAGCUUUCAUCAUUCUGUUAAUACCGUUGCUCUUCCAAUUUCAUUUCGGCGAAAGUGAGAUAGAGGCUAAUUACUACAAAGAGAGUUGCCCGAGAGCCGAAGAAAUAAUAAAGGAGCAAGUCACCGCCCUUUAUCACAAGCAUGGAAACACCGCUGUUUCCUGGAUCAGAAAUCUCUUCCACGACUGCGUUGUCAAGUCAUGCGACGCAUCGCUGCUAUUGGAGGCUGCAAAUGGCGUAGAAUCGGAGAAGGCGACGUCGAGGAGCUUCGGGAUGAGAAAUUUCAAGUACAUACAAACAAUCAAAGCUGCCGUCGAGAAGGAGUGCCCCACCACCGUUUCUUGCGCUGAUAUUGUUGCCCUCUCUGCAAGAGAUGGAGCAGUCAUGUUGGGAGGGCCAUAUAUAGAGAUGAAGACCGGUAGAAAAGACAGCAAGAUAAGCUAUGCAGCACAAGUCGAGAACUCCAUCCCCAAUCACAACGACUCCAUUUCAACAGUCCUUUCCACCUUCCAAUCCAUGGGCAUUGAUCCCCAAGGAACAGUUGCUCUAUUAGGCGCGCACUCGGUGGGGCGAGUCCACUGCAUCAACCUGGUGCAGAGGCUGUACCCGACGGUGGACCCGACCCUGGACCCGGUGUACGCGGAGUACCUAAAGGCGCGGUGCCCGUCCCCGCACCCGGAUCCGAACGCGGUGCUCUACUCUAGAAACGACCGGGAAACGCCGAUGGUGCUGGACAACAUGUACUACAAGAACAUACUGAGCCACAAGGGGCUGUUGGGUGUGGAUCAGCAGUUGGUUUCGGAUCCGAAUACUUACCCGUUUGUGGAGAAGAUGGCUGCGGAUAAUGGAUACUUCCACGAUCAGUUCGGCAAAGCUCUCCUCAUUUUGUCCGAGAACAAUCCUGUCUCUGAGGAUGAAGGAGAGGUUAGAAAGGAUUGUCGAUUUGUCAACAAAAAAUGAUCACACCGGGCCCGGACUCUGUUUCUUUGUAAUUCUAACUAAAUGGGUAGGGUCAUGUCGUCUCCACCCUACUCGCCUUAAUGCUUGGGGUUAUGAAGAACAAACACAAUUACAUAUAUAUAUAUAUAUAUAUAUAUGUCACUUUUGUAUUGUUAUAUAUAUCUCCUCUUCAUUUGGAUCUUUU